UAGUAGUAGUAGGUGUCGCCGGCGUUGGACAAUCUCUUGUCGCCACUAGCCAUCCACCAUUGUUCCCACCUCGUUAGCCCACCCACACUCCCCCAUAGACUACUCCUAGACUGCGCCGCGCGUAUCACUCGCCCCCACAACCGGACGCCGUAGACGACAAUCCACACGACCACACGAACAAACGGAUCGACCUCGUGCCCCUUUGCCGCUCUUCCCCUUGUUCUGGCUGCCGCUGCGUCACUCUGCCCGCCGCGCCCCCCACUGAGUAGUCGCCUGCCUGCCGUUGCUGCUCGCCGCUGCUGCGACCCGGCUUGGAAGGUCAAUUCGACUUGAACCGGCCUUCCCUUGCCCUCUUGCCCUCCCUCGCCUUCCCCCCGGGACCCCGGUUGUGUGAUUUACCUCCGCCCCGAGUGCGCCAGGUCUUCUUUUGCGCGGCGUCGAGCAAGGUCGCUCUGUCUGUAGCAAGUAUCAAGGCACCUCCCACCCCCCCCACUCCGCAUUGUCGCAACCAACCCCCCUUUGGGUCUCCUUCCUUGUCGCAAGCCGCCGUCGCCGCCGCCCGCGCCGCCGCCCCCGUCCACCGGCUCAAGGCUUUGCCCCUUCCUCCGUCUCCAACCACUCACUCGACCAUCUCCGCCGCUCGCUCGGUCACCCCCACACACACACCCACACACACUCUUCCACAUCUCGAUCUCCCAUCACCCAUCACAUCUACCCUACGCCACACCAUCCAUCGCACCUUCCCUCCAUCCCCUCCUCCUAACCCCUCCCUCCCCCAAAGGAUCGUCGCCACGCAAAAGUCACCUCGUCCUCCAUCGACACUUCUCCUCGUCUGGCUCACACGCUCGCUUUUGCCCCCCCCCAACGACCCACGGCGCCACGGCAUUGCUGUCAUCCGCUGCGCCCUUUUACAAUCCCUGUGACACAAAACGGCCAGGGCGUCGUGCGACACAACAAUUCACUAACGGCCAACCCACACCCCCACCGACGACCAUCCGCGCGUGGGGAGAAUCUAGUCGUCGCAAAGCACACAAUCCCACUCACUCUCCUCGUCUAGCAACAUCCAGCGCCGGCCCAUCCGCGCGCUCGAUCACAAGCCCACCAAGUCAUGGCCGAGGCCGCAACCCCGGGCUCUCCGGGUGUCGGCGCCGGCUUUUCUUCCACCGCCGCUCCCGAAGUGGCCAAGAACGGUGCACCACCCCCCGUGACCAAUAAGACUUCAACGCCGCCGCCCCAAGCCGCCGGCGUCGGCGACAACGCGCAUUUCCGCCCGUCGCCAGUUCGCUCGUUCACCGUCGGAUACCCCUACCUGUCGACGUCCAAGGGCCGAGCAACUUCCCAGCCUCCCUCUGAACGGUUACCCAACUCGUCCCCAGCCUCUGGCCGCGGAUCGCCCGGCGUCAACGGCGGCGAGUUUGGUGUGAUUGGCGGUUCGCGCGCGGGCGGUCGCUUCAGCCAAGGAGCACAAUCUGGCAGUGUGCCCAGUGUGCCUGUUCCGCCCACACGAGCAAACAGCUUUUCUGUCGCCGAGAGCAAGAUUGACCAAAGACCCUCAACCCUCGUCCGAGCGCUCUCAUCGCACGUUGAAGAACGCCCAAUGUCACGGUCUUCAUCGCCCUCGCCGUUCCCAACCUUCUCGCCCUCGUCCUCGCCCUCGACGUCUCCCUCGGCCUCGGUCCCCCAGCUCCCAAACCAGGAUAGCAACUCUGGCUACUCGCCACCCAUCGCUCCGGCCAACGUCUCGCGCUCCCGCUCGCAGUCGCUCGCCACCGGCGUGCGACCUGACCGCAACUUCAUCAUGCCCAUGAGCACGUUUGACAACUACGGCAGCAACACGAGCGGCAAUGCCAGCGCUGGGGCCGCGGGUGGAUUCCACAUCUUCGAUGAGCCGACUAGCUGGCGCAAGGACGGUAGCAACAUGUCGCCCUUCUCCACAAACAUGCGCCCUUUCCUCGACCGCGAGGAAUCAGAGCCCAUUGUCAAGCCCUCCGCCCAGGCAGCAGCCAAUUUUCGCACGCCGCAGGAGACAACCUUUGGGUCGCGUGCGUGGGCCUCUCCCAAGACGGCAUCCGCGCUUUCCAACUCUGUCGCCGACGCCCUCGGCCCACAGCAGCCCUCGUACUCGUCGGUUGUCGGUGGCUUUGAGGAGGCCAACGGCGGUCGCUCAGGCACGUCUAGUCGUCGCCACUCAAUGUCGGUCGUCGGUAGCUCCGGGCGGCGCGGAUUUGGCUCUGCCUUCAACGAGCCUGGUUCGGGCAUGACAUCAGCUGCGCCCCGCCGUGGCGUCGGUUCUCUUGGCUUUACCGACGACGAGCUUUUACCAGAGCGCUUCGGCAACGCCCUCAGCCUUCAGGUCGAUGAGACGCGCAAGACGGAUCUCGAGGCGUCGAGCCUCCCGAUUUUCGGCAAGCCGCUCACUGACGGGCCGCGUUCUGGCAUCGCAAGAUCCAACCCUCCCGGUGAGCCGUUCUUUGGCUCCUCCCCCGCAGACAAGGAGUCCCCGGUCUCGGGCCGCGCUCGCUUUGGCAGCUACGCCGAGCCCCGCUCCAAGCCGACCACUGCUGUUACCGGCUAUGUUCCUAGCAGCUCAAGCCCCGACCGCCUCCGCGACGAGCCUCGUCAGACGCGCCCUGGUGCGAUUGGUGGGCCCAUUCGCUCUGGAAGUGGUCCCCAACCCGCUGCUGGUCCCAUCGGCGGCCCUAUCGGCUUCGACAGGUUCGGUGCAGCUCCACAGCUCGGCGGCGCCGCGCAGCUCGCCCCCGCGCCCUUCCGCCAAGGCCCGCCCUUCGGUGCCCCAGGCGUCCCGACCUUUGGCCGUCCCAACGUUAGCGGCUUCGGCUACUUUGGUGGCAUCGGGCAGCCUCCCCCUCCUGGGCGCCCACCCUUCCAGAACGGAGCGUUUGGCGGCCUGGGUCCUGGAUUUGCUGCACCCUUCCCUACGACUACGACCCCGUCGUCAGCUGGAUUCAACUCGUCGAGCUACUUCUCGCAGCAGCCGCAAGCUCCCCCGCCCCCGCCACCCGCCCCGACUUCCCCGUCGUCGUUCUCGUCACUGUCGCUGGCCGACUUGGGCAAGGGAACUCCCCUCGCGUCACUCCCUCCUACGACCCCGCUCUACAUCGUGACGUUCAAAGCCGGUCGUCGCGACGUUUUCUACUGUCCCGACCCCACCCUACUCAUUUCGAACGGCGAUCGUGUCAUUGUCGAGGCGGACCGUGGAUCUGACCUCGGAACGGUCGUGUACGACCAGCUCACGCCCAUCGAAGUCCGUGAGUGGCAGGAGCGCCAAGCGACUGCGGCCCUUUUGUCUGGUGCGUCGCAGCACCAACCUCCUGGUAUGGCCAUGGCGGGGGUGCCAGCUGCGUUGCCGCCGACACCAGGUGCAUCUGGUCACACACGCAACGGCAGCCUGAGCGUGCGGCCACCGGCACCGGGCAGCCUGGACUUUACUGGCGCCGACCUUAACACGCUUCUCUCUGGUGUGGGCCCCAGCGGCUCCCAGAUGGACAUGAGCGGUGGAGGCAUUGGAGCCCGUGGACCCCUUGCCAAGGAGGUCAUGCCCAAGCGUAUCUUCACCAAGUCUAGCGGCGGGCCCGAGGAGCAAGCCCGCAUGAUGGAGAAGCUCAAGGAAGAAUACGACGCCAUGAUGAUCUGCCGCGAGAAGGUGGUCCAGCGUGGUCUGCCCAUGCAGAUUGUCGACGCCGAGUACCAGUGGGACCGGCGCAAGCUCACGUUCUACUUCAAGGCCGACAAGCGUGUCGACUUCCGCGAGCUUACCAAGGAGAACUUCCGUAUUUUCAAGUCACGUAUCUGGAUGUCCAUGGUGCCCAAGGACGACCCCCGGAGCGGCUGAGGAAACGACAUAUCUCCAUAAAACAAUAAAUCAAGAACAACCCCCAACCCCGAGCACAGAGCGUAGAAAUCAAGACUUUUUUUUUAUUUUGUUUCUUUUGUUGCGUCUUCAAGUCUAUCGGCUCAAAGUCUGCCACGACCUCGAGUUGAUAUCGACAUCCCCCUUUUGCGCCCUUUGCGCUCUAAUCGUGGCCACUGUGGCGUGGCCUCGCGUAGACAGGAUCGCCUAGGCAGUGAAACAAAGAUUGUACGAUAGCAGGCGUGCUAGUAGUAGUAGUUGGUGCUUUAUGGUAUACGUAGCUGCGGCAGACGGCGCGAUGCAGGUAUUCCAUUGUACA